AUGGCGACUAAAGAGGUAUUCGAUGCCUCGACAGAGGAGGACCUUGCCCUAGAGAACCUAGGGUAUCAGCAAGAAUUCAAACGUUCGUUCAGCUUAUUGGACAUGGUGGGAUUCAGUUUCAGCAUCGUGACCUGUUGGACUGCCUUGAGUGGCGUUUUUAUUAUCGGAGUAGAGGCAGGCGGCCCCCCUGUCAUGAUUUUUGGCUGGAUCGGUGUCUGCGUGUUCACUAUAUUAAUUGCGCUGGCUAUGGCUGAGAUGUGCUCGCGUUGGCCAGUAGCCGGAGGGCAGUACUCGUGGGUGGCCAUGUUGGCACCGCCACGAGUGUCUCGACAACUAUCAUACAUCACUGGAUGGUUCAUGUUGAUCGGUAUAUUGGCAAUGGGCUCGGUGAACAACUCAUUUGGAUCCAAUUAUAUUCUAGGCCAAGCCAAUCUUGUCUUCCCAGAUUAUACAAUCGAGCGAUGGCAUACCGUCUUGGUGGCCUGGGCCGUGGCAGCUUUUGCUACGGCCGUCAAUAUCUUCUCUCCUCACGCCUUACACCGUCUGUCACGCUUGAUUUUGAUGUGGAACAUUGUUUCCUUUUUCAUUGUCAUUAUCACUCUACUAGCAACAAACGACAAUAAACAGGACGCCAGUUUUGUUUUUCAGGAUUUCCAGAAUAUGACUGGCUUCGGCGCUAGCAUGGCUACUAUUAUUGGAAUCCUGCAGAGCUUCUUCGGGAUGUGUUGCUAUGAUGCUCCCAGCCACAUGACGGAAGAGAUGACCCAUCCUAGUCGAGAUGCUCCAAAGGCAAUACUUUUGGCGGUUGCCAUGGGUGCUGUUACCGGUUUUUUUUUUCUUCUCACUUUAUGCUUCUGCAUGGGCGAUAUUGAAGCAACGGCGAACUCAACCACUGGUGUUCCCGUUAUCCAGAUUUUCUAUGAUUCCACUCAGAGCAAAGUAGGAACCUGUAUCCUGGCGAGUAUGAUAACAGUCAUUAUCAUCGUCGCAUCAGUGAGUCUUGUGGCAGAGGGCUCGCGAUCUGUGUAUGCUUUUGCCCGCGACCAUGGCCUGCCAUUUUCGCGUCUGUUUUCAAAAGUUGAGCCUAAGCGUCAAAUACCGAUCUACGCUAUACUCUUGACCUUGGUAGUGCAGUUGGCCCUGAAUGCAAUUUACUUCGGCACGGUCACUGGAUUUGACACGGUAGUUUCCAUUGCCACAACCGGCUUCUAUGCGUCCUACGGCCUGGCUCUUUUUGCCCGACUACUCGGAUAUUUCUUCGGUCAUCACACGGCGACUUUUACGGGAGCCUACUCACUGUCUCUGCCUCUCUCACUCGCCUGCAAUGCGAUUGGUCUCCUAUUUUUGCUGUUUGCAUCAAUUACUUUCAACUUCCCCUCUGAGGCUCCAGUAACCUCGGACUCGAUGAAUUAUACCAGUGCAGCCAUUGGACUGGUGACUCUACUUAGCACUAUCACCUGGUUUACCACUGCAUCAAAGCGCUUUGCUGGGCCCUCAAGUGUCAGAGGUCUGGCUGUUGAUGGAUUGGAAAGCUCAUCGAUGUCUCAGCCUUUCAAUGCUAAUAAUUCAGAUUCAAAGGGUGCCUAA